GGAAGAGGAGGAAGGGGAAGGGACAUGCGCGCUGCCGGCCUGCUGCGGCGCUGCGGCGGGACCGAGCUCCGCCGCGGGACUCUGUCCCCGGUGACAAGUGACAGCUCCCAGCACCGCCCCGGGAUUGAGCCCCCUGCCCACACCUUGGCCGAGGUCCUCUCCUGCCAGCCGGGGGCGCCCUCGCUGAGCCUGGCUCUGACCUUCGACUCCGACCAACUCUUCUGGUUCGACUUCCCGAGGUCCUCCUGGACCCCCAGGCUGCCCCAGCUGCCCCCCUGGCCCCCCGGCCUGGAGACCCCCGAGGAGCUGCUGCUGGACGCCAGCCUGUGCCAGGAGCUGCUCAGGGCCAUCAGCAAGGCGGUCACAGGCAUCCUGCCCGAGGCCAAGGGCAUCCCGGUGGCCACCGUCUUCCCCAUGCUGCCCCCGGCCCUGGGCCAGGCCAACACCUUGGUGUGCCUGGUGGAGAACAUCUUCCCCCCGGCGGUGCGGCUCAGCUGGCAGCUCAACGGGGAGCCCCCGGCCCGGGGGGUCACCCACACCCACUACACCCCCACGGCCGAGGGGGCCUUCGUCCUCUUCUCCUACCUGGAGGUCACCCCCGGGGCCGGCGACAUCGUCAGCUGCCUGGUGAGCCACGGGGAGGACAACAGCUCCGUGGUGGCCUACUGGGUGCCCCCAGUUCCUGCCCAGAGCGAGGUGCUGGAGACCGCUCUGUGUGGAGCUGCCAUGGCCCUGGGCAUCCUCCUGGGCAUCUUGGGCAUCUCCCUGCUGCUGGUGGCAAGACGCAACGGCCAGGGCUGAGCCUUGGGUGGAGCAGAGCCUGGAGAAGCUUCAGGGGAGGAACGGAGACGGUGGCAAUAAAGUGUCCUUCGGGGUGGCUGCAGAUGGUGUCCUCUUCUGUGCCCUCCUGACCCCUCCUGUGCCCUC